AUUAGUACCGCCACGACGCUAUCUUGUGCGCGUCGGCGUUUUUUUAUUAUUUUUUGGGAUGGCCUUCGUCUUCAUUAUCUACUACCCUUGAAAUGACAACAAUAGACUAUGACUUGGCCGAAAUCUCCUACGAUGAGCUUGUUCGGCAGCACAAGACACAGAAGAAACAGCUCACUGCACAGAUCACGGGGAUCAAAAAGCAGAUGACCAAGAAAAAUAAAAAAGAACUCCAGCUGCAGAUCAACUCUCUCAACAGCCAACUAAACUCAUCUCACCAGCAACAACUCCACCAAUGGAACGCCCUUCAUCCGGACCAUACAGAUGAAAGUCCGAUGUCGUCGGAUACCCUAGCACAUCAAUUGAGUUUGGUUACAAUAGAACUGGAACUGGAAUAUACACCUGUGGUAUCAGAGGCUACCAAACCUAAACGCAGGAAUAGGCAAAAGGAGAGGUUGGCAAAGCGGGAUGCCCAAAUCGAGGAGAUAAGAAACCAGGCUCUCCAGGAGUCGCAACACUCUACAGAUUUUAGACAUGCCGAAAUGGAAAAAAUGAAUUUCAAGUUACUGCAAAGAAACCUUAGCGUCAAUGAGGUGCUCCCCGAUGGUAACUGUUUGUUCAGGUCCAUUCAACACCAAUUAACUGUAUGUCUCAAGCUACACAAAACAAUCGAAGAGCUAAGGCAAGAGGCUGCGUCCUACAUCCGGCUACAUCCAGUCCUGUUUGAACCUUUUUUGUUCAAUAAGGACGAAAUUAUGUCGUUAAGCGACUAUUGUACACAACUCGAAAGUACCACGAUGUGGGGAUCAGAUAUAGAGAUCAUGGCGUUUUCCGAAAUAUAUGAAUGUACCAUUGAGGUGUUUGUGGCUGAAGGUGAUAAUUUGGUGUUUGGGGAACAGUUUUCAGACCAACCUCGCCUCUAUUUGGCAUUCUACAAGCAUAACUAUGGAUUGGGUGAACACUACAAUUCACUCCACCAGGAUUAACAAUUACAUAGAUACAUGCCACCACAACGCGGUGGUGUGCGUAAAUACAAUGUUUGCUGCUAGGCAGGU